UCUCCCGGAGGUAGGAUGCCGCGCGCCGCUCCCGCUGCGCAGGCCGCGCUGUCCCCGCAGGCCGCGGCUCCUCCCGCGCUCGGGGCGGCCACGACCACCGCCCGCGCCUGUGGGGACUGGCCGGCCCCGCGCCCAGUGCUGCCCGCGCCCCUCACGCCUCCAGGGGCGGCGAUCCUGCUCCGGCUGUGCUCGUCACGUCUCUGGGGGUCGCGAUCCCCCACUGGCUGCUCUCCUCACGACUCGGGGUGCCGCGAUCCUACUCUGGCUGCGCUCGUCGCAUCUCUGGGGGUCGCGACGAUCCCCCGCCGGCCACUCUCCUCACGUCUCCGGGGGCCGCGAUCCUGCUCUUGCCUCACUCGUCGCAUUUCUAGCGAUCCUCCGCCCGCCGCUCUCCUCACGCCUCUGGGGGCCGCGAUCCUCCGCCCGCCGCUCUCCUCACGUCUCUGGGGGUCGCAAUCCUCCGCUCUCCUCACGUCUCUGGGGGCCGCGAUCCUCCGCCCGCCGCUCUCCUCACGCCUCUGGGGGCCGCGAUCCUCCGCCCGCCGCUCUCCUCACGCCUCUGGGGGCCGCGAUCCUCCGCCCGCCGCUCUCCUCACGCCUCUGGGGCCGCGAUCCUGCUCCGGCCGCGCCCCAGCGCAGCCCGCGCUCCUCAUCUCUCCUCCGCGCUCUGGCGCAGCCCGCGCGCUGAUGCAGCCCGCGAUCCGAUGCGGCUCCGCGAUUCCGUUGCGGCCCCGCAAUCCGUUGCAGACCGCGAUCCCAUGCGGACCCGCGAUCUCGUGCGGACCCGCGAUCCCAUGCGGACCCGCGAUCUCAGGCGGACCCGCGAUCUCAAGCGGACCCGCGAUCUCAAGCGGACCCGCGAUCCCAAGCGGACCCGCGAUCCCAAGCGGACGCGCGAUCCCAAGCGGACGCGCGAUCUCAUGUGGAGCCGCGGUCCAGUUGCAGCCCGCGCGCCAUGAUCUGGUGCGGCCCGCGAUUCGAUACGGCCCGCGAUCCGUUGCAGCCAGUGCGCCAGGGGAGACCACGAUCCGGUGCAGCCCGCAAUCCUGUCGUCCUCACUCGCCGCACUCCCGUGCGCCUGAGCCCUUGAGGGGCUCCGCCGGCCGCCCUGCCCCAAGCGCUCCUCUGCAGCCCGCCGCUCCGGUCGGAAUCGGGCGCCUCUGCGGCUCCGCCCGCUGCGCUCUGGUGUGCGCUGGCCGCACCGAGCCGCCUCCCGCCGCCCUGGAAGGGCUCCUCAGCCCGCGCUCGCCCUACGGCCGCCUCCCUAGGGAGGGGUCUGCCCCGCCGCUGGCGUGCGCCUGCCAGCUGCGUUCCCCACCGCCUGCGCUUCACCUUAACCUGCCGCCUGCCAGGCUCCUGCGCCACCCGCCGCCCUGUCCGCACUGUUUGGUUGCAACUCUGGCGCCUCAAGCUGGUUCAAAGAAUGCCGCUGCACCGCACCUGCGAUGGUUCCCUGAGGGCUUUGUGAAGGUUCCCGGAUGGUUCCCAGGAUGGUUCCCAGCAUGGUUCCCGGAUGGUUCCCCGGAUGGUUCUCAGUACGGCUCCUGGAUGGCUCCCACGAUGCUUCUGUGGAUGUUUCCAUGGAUGGCUUCCUGGAUGUUUCCGUGGAUGUUUCUUUCCAUGGAUGGCUCCAGGAUGGUUCCGUGGAUGGCUCCCUGGAUGAUUUCUUGGGAUUAUUCCUGAGACUCAGCUCUCAAGAGGGCCCCAGAUGGAUGGAUCUUAGCCUUAUUCUAUCCUCCACCAACUGGUGAUGUCCAGCAUUCCAGGUGAGCCGUGUGGGGGCAGGCAGGGCCUCUCCAGCCGGGAGUGGCAGGGGGGGCUGUCCGGUAGUCGAGUCUCACCUGGACUUGGAGCAGCCCGCCGGGGCCAGUGCCUGGAGGGAGGUGGGGGUCAGGCAGGCUGAGUACUGUGAGGGGCUUCAUGUGGCUCCACUUGGGGGGGUGCUCGGGGACAUUUCCAGCUGGUCCUGAGGCUCCAGGGGAAGGGGUUCCCCCAUCGUGUCUGUGGGCAGGGCCGGGGAGGGGUUCUGCAAUGGCCUUAAUUGAGUUUCUAGUUGGGGGGGCUUCCAGGGGCAGAUUGCAAGGUGGGGUGUGAGCAGAGGGUACAUUCUGGUGCAGUUGGGGUGGGAGGAAGGUCAGGGGAGACAGGGAGACCCUCUGCACACGAGCAGAGGCCCCAUCCUCCGCCGGACCCUUGGGCAGCAAGCCGGCGACUGCAUUUCGGGGCUCCGAACGCCUUCCCCUGGGCUCUUGGUGGAAUGACAGUUGGCCCUCGGGAUGAGCCGUGUGCGCCUCGCCCCCCCUGCCCCCCGCCGUCUGUGUCUUGGGACAGUCCCAGGAGGAACUGGGCACUUUUGUUUUCUGCCGUGUCCCCCGCUCCCACCCCCGUCCACAGCCUCGCCAGGCAGCGCCGCUGAAGGAAAGCAGGCCCGCGGGAUUAGCCAGAUUUCAACGGUGUCUCAAAUGAUCCGUUUCUGCACCUGUUUUCCAGAUACUCACCAGGAGAAAAAUGUACGGAUUGGGUUGCUUGAUUACAGUGCUGUUUGACUGUGUUUCCAAACAUGGCGCAGGGGAGAGGGGUCUGCCAGGGUCUGUGCCCGGGAGGGGGGUGGUCUUCUAAACUGCGCAUCGGAGCAUGUCCUCGUGUCCAGAGGGAGGGCCCCAGAGAGAAGGCGACGGACCAUCUCCCCCGUGGCUGAGACCCGCUCAGCGCGUGAGCUCCCCGAACCCGGGUCUCCACUGGCUCUCCAAGUGGGCUUUCUCCCAGGAAUGCGGGGAUGAUCCAAUAUCAGAAACUCUACCCGUGUAAUCCACCACAUUAAGACAGCAGAGGAGAAAAACCAUAUGUUUCUUUGAGCAGGGGCAGAAAAUGUCCCGGUGAAGUUUCAUACUUCUCUGGGGGCUUGGGGAGGGCCUGGAGGCUGCUCUUUUGCUAGAAGGUGCUGGCCUGACCUGGUGCAAGUCCUAACCCGAACUUUGCAGCCAGUUAAAUGAAGUAACUAAAAGCGCGUCUGUCCCUUUAAGGUGAGGAUAGAGGCAGGAGGUGCCCAUGGCCUUCUCCGGACCCAGAGAGUGGACAGACUGCUUGAUCAGAGCCGUCCAGGCCCUUUCCUUUGCACCCUCCGAAGUCCCCAGGGCUCUGAGGAACUUGGGUUACUUUGAGCUCUGGCGACAGUAACUUUCAGGGAAAAGGUUCACACCUCCCUGGGGCAGGGCCGCGCCCAGCCAGCCCAGGUUCCUGCAGGCCCCUGGAGGAACGCGGGCCGGGGGGAGGCCAGAUGCCGACUGCGUGUGGUGGCGAGACGGCCUUGAGCUUUGGGGAAACUGUCCGAUCGCGCUCCGAGAACAGCUAAGCUGCACGCGAGAACCGUUCCCCGGCACUUGGCAAUGCCAGAGCGUCGCAGCCAGGCCUGAGAGCCAAGAGCAGCCACCCUCCCCCGCCACUGCCACGGCACACACGCGGACUGAGCCGCGCGCGGGAGGCGAUCAGAAUAGCAACAGUUUACACCCAGGCUCAGAGCGAACAAAGAGGACUUUGAUGGGGGGAAAUUAAGAAAUGAUUUUGAAGGCUAUAAAGGAAGAUCUUUUGAUACAGGGAGACAUUCCAGCCUCGAGGGUGGGGUGGCUGGAGCUUUUGAGGAACUUAACAAACAUUUUCUAAAAUGUCUGCGAGAGAGAAAGAUCCACAAACACCCAGUGAACUUUGAAAAGGAGAACAGAGAACACUUGUGAGGGAGCUGUCCCGGGGCUCGCGCCAGGCCUUGGGGACUGCGUGGUGGGGACAGAGCCAGCCUGAGUCUGGGAGAAGGUGGCGGGCGAGGAAGGUAAUUGCGUGUGUGUGUGUGUGUGUGUGUGUGUGUGUGUGUGUGUGUGAGAGAGAGAGAGGCGGCGCCGGGGGAGACUGCUGGGGCCCACUGGGAAAAUCAGGCCCCCACGCCCCAGACAUGAGUUCCUACCGCAGCCCACCCCGGCGAGCUCCACACUAAUAGUAGACGUGACCGUAAAAGCACGAGCACAGGCCGUCUGCUGAGGAGGACGGAGCCGUGAACAAUGAUCGUGUGGCUCGGGGCUACUAAACAGCCUCCCGGAAGCAUGCAUGCUUCAAGGUUCUGUCUUGCUCACACAUCAGGCGUGUGUGUUCAAUCAAGGCGUCGUGGCAAAGGUCAGAAAGUUUGUCCUGACAGGACUAAGACACACCAGCCUUCCCUCCCUGAGUCCCCGGGGCCCCCCACCCGCGUGUAACUUUGCCCAGGUGAGGUGACUGCUCAUGAGCAAACCCGGCAAGGGGCAGGGCCGAGGGCUAUCAGAGAACGCCGAGGUGGGCUGAGAAACACAGGUGGCUCCAAGGAAAACGGACCCAGUGGCCGGGCCCGCGUUCGCAGGGUGCAGGGGUGUGACGGUCUCUGCAGAGACCCGCGCCCUUCUCAGGCACAGCACGCACGAACGCCGCAGCUUCUCUGGCUGAGGAGAAUCACAGCAGGACAGAGCUGCGAGUUGGCAGCCAUGCGCGCAGGUGGGAACGGAGCCGGGCGGACACGCCGCGGCCCCGCCAGCCCCCCGCUAACUCGGCCAGAAUAUUUCCCACCUACGGCCCGGCAGCUCCCCUCCUGGGUAAACAGCUCACUGCUCUCCCCAGAACAACGAGGGGCUGUGUGCGCGCGGCCCGGGUGGGGGGCAGCUGGAACCUCGCCCCGCGCCGGGGCCGACUGUGUACUUCACAGCAAGACAUGUGUACGCAUGUGCUGAGGGACACGCAGUGCCAGACGGGACCACUGCCGCCACGCACGGCUGUGUUUAAAUCAAGAUUACACACCUCCCCGCCACGCUAGGAGAUACUCUGGGCAUUCCCAGGCACUGGCGCACAAUAAUAUACAUAAACGAGGCGGCCGCAGCUGUCCACGGCGGAAGGGGAAUGGGUGGAGAAUUGCGAUUAGCCAGUGCAGUGCCUCCCACGGACCCUUGCCGGGGCCCCGGCACCCCAGGGACUCGGGGAUGUAAUGAACCCCAUGCCCAUGGCAUGUGGUAGAAUCUGGAAAGCCAGGAAUGAAUGAUGGAUGGAUGGACAAAUGAAUGAAUGACUGAUGAAUGGGUGAAGAUGCAAGGAUGAAAGGAGAACGGAUGGAUGAGUUGGA